CAUUAUUGAUUUAGUGGCGUUGGUAGACAAUUGGAUUUCUUCAGUUGAUGAUAGUCCUAGUCCCAGUCAAGACUGAAUUUUCAUGCAAAACAAGCUCGAAAUCCGUUGUUGUUACUAAACAUGAAGUUGAUGCUACCUAAGACCUAAAAACAGAGCCGAAGGAGGAAUAGAGGAAUGAAUCUUGGAGUGAAGAUGGUACCAAAGAAAAUGGCGGUUCUCUACCAUUAUCCUUGCCAUGAUGGUGUUUUCGCCGCCUUGGCUGCUCAUCUCUACUUCUCAGCAAACUCAAUCCCUUCACUUUUCUUCCCAAACGCAGUCUACUCUCCAAUCACAAUCAGCCAGCUUCCUCUUCAAGAAAUCAGCCAUCUCUAUCUUCUUGAUUUCACAGGACCCCCCGGUUUUGUCCAACAAGUGUCUCCUAACGUCGACAAUGUAGUCAUCCUCGACCACCAUAAGACCGCUAUUGAGAGCCUCGGAGAUGUCUCUUCCACUUGCAAGAACGUUACCAAAGUCUUGGACAUAGAGAGAAGCGGCGCCACCAUUGCGUUUGACUAUUUUACUGAGAAGCUAAUGGAAGAAUCUAAGGGAAGUUGCAGAGAGAUGAAUGAUUUCAAGAGAAUGAGGCGUGUUUUCGAGUACAUUGAAGACGCGGAUAUCUGGAAGUGGAAACUACCAGAGAGCAAAGCGUUCAACAGUGGGAUAGUAGACUUAGGGAUCGAAUACGAUUUCAAUCAGAACCAGUCACUGUUUAAGCAGCUACUCUCGUUGGAUCAUGAAAGUGUGAUCAACAGAGGGAAAGAGAGUUUGUCUAGGAAGCAUAAACUGAUUCAGGAGGCGCUAGAACGGUCCUAUGAGAUUGUUCUUGGAGGUGAUGAAGAGUUUGGUCGGUGUUUGGCUGUAAAUGCAGAUGAUAUUGCAGAGCUUAGAAGCGAAUUGGGGAAUCAAUUGGCGGAGAAGAGCAAGCGUAUGAGAUUACGAGGCAUUGGAGCUGUUGUUUACAGAGUCCCCGAGCUUGAGGAUGAGACCAAACUGAAAAUAAGUUUGAGGAGUGUUGCGGAAGAAGACACAACACAGGUUUCACAGAUAUUCGGAGGUGGUGGUCAUAAAAACGCAAGCUCCUUCCUGUUAAGCUCCAUGGAGUUGGAGCAAUGGAAGGUGGAAAAGAAACUAGUCUUCUGAUGAUACAUUAAACUAAGACAUGGUCUCUCAAUCAAUCAUUAUGGAAUGCUUAAGUUAAUUAAUCUUCACCCUCAAACGUUUGGUUUACAAAUUGGCUCUUUUUCGGUUUAUUUGGAUUCCGGUUUGUUUUUUGUAUAUUAGGAAGUAUAUAACUUGUAACCUAACCAAACUAACUACAUAUCAGGUUUGAAUCGAGUUAAAAACAUCUUUU